CCAGCCCGCCACCGCCACCGCCACCGCCCCCCCCCCCGCCCCCGGCGCUGCGUUUCCUCCCGGCCAGCUCCGCCCGCUGCGGCCAGUGCGGCGCGGACUUGGGCUGUGGCGGGAGGGAAGAUGCCACAGCCCGAGUCCCAGAAGGCCGGGAUCCUGUGUUGCCGGCGUGGGGAUUCACCAGAGGGCCUUUCCGGGAUCUUCACCUUCACCUUGAGGACCUGGUGGGGUUCCUGGAGGUAAAGCCCACAGAAGAGUGCCCGCCCCUGAAGACCACACCCGGGGGUCCGACUCCCACGCCCGUUCCAGUUCGCGCCGAGCCUCUCGCCCCAGCGCCCGGCUCCAGAGGCCUUCGCUCCAGAUUUUAGGGUUCCUGGGUUAAAGCAGUCUUGAGAUUUUGCGUCUGGAGGGGACCUUGCGUGUGCCGUCAGGUGCUGCCGUGCUGGCGUCUUCCUCGUUAGAAGCUGGAAUCUGAAGAAGACCCCCGAGCCCACGGCAGUCCGGGCCGAGGCAGGGAGCGGCGCCCGUUAACGUGGGCGGGACACCGACGAUGGCCCCUCGGCGGUGCUAGGGCUAUGAUGGGAAGUGCCACGGUCCGCUACUUCUGCUACGGAUGCCUGUUCACCUCCGCGGCCUGGACGGCCCUGCUCUUCGUGUACUUCAACUUCAGUGACGUGACCCAGCCGCUUCGGCAUGUGCCCGUCAAGGGGUCGGGGCCCCACGGGCCGUUCCCCAAGAAGCUCCAGCCCCGCCUCACGCGGGGCCCCGGCCGGGCGCCGGAGGAGCAGCAGCCCCAAGCCCGCGGGGGCGGGGGCGGGGCGGACGCCCGCGCCGAAGGGGCGGAGGGAGGCGCCCCGAAGUCCUCGUCCGAGCUGGGCAUGAUCUUCAACGAGCACGACCAGGAGCUGCGAGACGCCGGCUACCAGAAACACGCCUUCAACAUGCUCAUCAGCAACCGCCUGGGCCCCCGCAGGGACGUGCCGGACACGCGGAGCGCAGCGUGCAAGGACAAGGCGUACCCCGAGGACCUGCCGGUGGCCAGCGUCGUCAUCUGCUUCUACAACGAAGCCUUGUCCGCUCUGCUCCGGACGGUGCACAGCGUCCUGGACCGCACGCCGGCCCGGCUCCUCCACGAGGUCAUCCUCGUGGACGACGACAGCGACUUCGAUGAUCUGAAAGGACAGCUAGAUGAAUUUGUCCAGACACAGCUCCCGGGGAAAAUCAAAGUGAUAAGAAACACACAGCGUGAGGGGUUAAUUCGAGGAAGGAUGAUUGGAGCAGCCCACGCAACAGGGGACGUGCUGGUGUUCCUGGACAGCCACUGCGAAGUGAACGUCAUGUGGCUGCAGCCCCUGCUGGCCGCCGUCCGGGAGGACCGGCGCACGGUCGUGUGCCCGGUGAUCGACAUCAUCAGCGCGGACACGCUGGCCUACAGCUCGUCCCCCGUGGUGCGGGGGGGCUUCAACUGGGGGCUGCACUUCAAGUGGGACCUCGUCCCCCCCUCUGAGCUCGGGGGGCCCGGAGGAGCUACUGCACCCAUAAAGUCGCCCACGAUGGCCGGAGGGCUGUUCGCCAUGAACAGGGAGUACUUCGACGAGCUCGGGCGGUACGACAGCGGCAUGGACAUCUGGGGCGGGGAGAACCUGGAGAUAUCGUUUCGGAUCUGGAUGUGUGGCGGUAAACUCUUCAUCAUCCCUUGCUCUAGAGUCGGGCACAUUUUCCGGAAGCGGCGGCCCUACGGCUCCCCGGAAGGCCGGGACACCAUGACGCACAACUCGCUGCGGCUGGCGCACGUCUGGCUGGACGAGUACAAGGAGCAGUACUUCUCCCUGAGGCCCGACCUGAGGACCAGGAGCUACGGGAACGUCAGCGAGCGCGUGGAGCUGAGGCGGCGGCUGGGCUGCAAGUCCUUCAAGUGGUACCUGGACAACGUCUACCCGGAGAUGCAGGUCUCGGGGCCCAACGCCAGGGCCCAGCAGCCCCUCUUCGUCAACAGAGGGCCGAAGCGGCCCCGAGUGCUGCGGCGCGGCCGGCUCUACCACCCCCAGACCGGCAAGUGCCUGGUGGCCCAGGGCCGCCCGAGUCAGAAGGGAGGCCUCGUGGUGCUGAAGGCGUGUGACUACAGCGACCCCAACCAGGUCUGGGUUUAUAACGAAGAGCACGAGCUGGUUUUAAGCAACCUCCUUUGCCUGGACAUGUCCGAGACCCGGUCGUCGGACCCACCUCGACUCAUGAAGUGCCACGGGUCCGGGGGCUCCCAGCAGUGGACCUUCGGGAAGAGCAGUCGGCUGUACCAGGUGUCAGUUGGGCAGUGCCUGAAAGCGGUGGACCCGCUGAGUCACAAAGGCUUUGUUGCCAUGGCAAUAUGUGACGGCUCCUCCUCUCAGCAGUGGCACCUGGAAGGUUAAGGUGGACCCCGUUCUGGGAUGCGGGUGUGAGCUGCCGCCCCCCGGGGGGCAGCACCAGGUGACCGGCGGGAGGGGAGGACUCAGGUGCCACCAGGACACCGAGGUCCCUUCUAGGCUGCUGUUAAGGACUUCCGUGCUCACGGUAGGAAACCAGGUGCAGGUGUAACAUCAAAGCCAGGUCCGUAUGGAAGGGCCAGACCGAGGAGACAGCUAGGUCUGUUCCAGCUAAUUUGUGCUCGUGCUAGUCCCUCUGACAGUGGAACGGUGUCCAUCCGUCCGAUCGGCUCGUCCCACUCUCCUUCCCGGGAGACUGCACAGCAGACGGUUAAUUUUAAACACACACUGACUGAGUCCACAUUAACUCUAGCUUCAGAGGCAUCACUUAGAAGAUCACAUUUGAAAGGCAGUUGAGUAUUAUAAAUUAUUUUGAUUAAUUGUGGUACUAUGUACAUUUAAAAUAAAGGAUCUUUUUAAUCA